UUUACUUUUUAUUGCUGCAUGGAAUCACAGAAGGAAGCACCCAUUACAACGUUAUAUCAAUUAGCCUCGGAACUCGCGCACAUGCGACAACGGCAAGCGAAGGAAAUGGCGGAAUUUCUUCGACGUAUAAAUCCUGCAGUCUUUGCCAGUCAAGAUCGCGAGGAGAUCAUGCAGCCUAUGAUGCUUGGAAUGCUUGAAAAGCAGCAGCAAACCCAUCAAUUAUUGACACUGCUAAAUGUAGCUUGUCCUGUCACAAACAAAGAAGGCGAUGAUAUACUUCUCGGCCUAUAUCGGCCCUGGCUGGAGGACGUUGAUGAGAGAGUAGAAGCAAAGGCCAAAGAAGUCAAGAAAACGAUACAAACUGCCAGUCAGGACCUGACGACGGAAACUCCGAAAGGGAGAGGAAGAGGGCCAUGGACGGUUAGGGAAAUAGCUAUACUCCACGCUUUAUAUCCCAUUCUUGGCCACGACCAUGAAGCGUAUGAGUCAGUUCUACCAAAUAGAUCAGCGACAAGCAUUGCAAGUAAAAUAGAGAAAGAAUAUCUUAAGGGCCAUCUGCCAAAGCACGAUGCACGUGCACAAUACAAACGACCUCAGAGCAUCGACUCCGAAAUUACUAGAGCAACUACUGACUAUUGGGCGUCGAUCAAGGACACCAUAACGCAACCUACUUCAUCAGAACUUGUUGAUUCGGCAGAGUUCACGGCUGUACGUAGCACACCAAUGCCGACUAUAAAGAAGACGUCUCGCCCAGUUGGUCGCCCAAAGAAAUCGGACAGUAGCGGUGGCGAAAACAAGGUAUCUCGUGCAGUUCCGGACCAUGCAGGGAAGAGGACUGCAGGGGAUGAAGAAGGUAAUGAUUCCGAGAUAACGCCUAGCCAGAAACGAACUCGUCGUCCGAGAGCGACGAAGGAUCGGGCGAUAGAUGCUAUCAAGGAUACGAUUGAAUCGAUGCGGAAGCCCUUCUCGGAUCUGGGUUCAACUCCUUCAAGUCCACCCUCUGCUGUUACCAGCGAGGCACAAUAUUCCAUUGAUUCCUAAAAAGCCAAUCAACACACAAAGACCAACAACCUUGCCAAUUGAAAGAUUGGCGUUCUAAGUUAAUAUUUAGCUGUUGAGGAUAUCGGACUCAAUAUGCAAACAAAACAAACGACUGAGAAGUCAACAGAUGCUGGCGUAUUACGCGGUUGCAUUAUUGCCAGUAUAAUGCCAUGAUAUGAUUCUUGGUUUAAGUAAUAGAAGGGUUUCAACAUUGUAUAUAAGUCAUAAGAAUCAACGCAUAUGCAUAUUAGAAUGUGUAGCGCUCGUUAAAAGCUCGUCUUUUUUAUUACCAGUACAUAAAUUCCAAAUAGACAUGGCACAUUUGUAACCCUA